AUGGUUCAAUUGUCCAAAUUCAUUGCUGUCGCGGCCGCUUGCUUGGCUGCACCUGCGGUCGCUCACCCUGGCGAGAAGCAUGAUCCCCAUGUGGUGAAGCGUGAGCUUCACGCCCGAGACUAUGCGGCUGCGGCUGCAAAGCGCUCGCUGGCUGGCUGUGAGAACAGCCUCCAUGCCCGGGAGUUGGCCAAGCGCAACGUUGCCCGUCGCUCGCAGAAAGUCCAGAACCUCCGCAAGAAGCGUGGUGUCACUGCCCACCCUCAGAAAUGGCGUCGUGACCUGGCCGCUCUCGAGAAGUGGGAGGCAAUCAACCAUAACCAGACCGGUAUUCUCAACUAUAGCCCUGCCACUCCCGAAUCUGUCGUGUUCGCCGCCAACACCAGUUGCAUCCUGACCCCCACCGUUACCGACGGUCCUUACUAUGUCUGGGGCGAGGUGAUCCGCCAGAAUGUGAAGGAGGAUCUGUACUCCGACGGUGUGGACAUCUCCCUCGAGGUGCAGUACAUUGACAUCAAUACUUGUCGACCCGUUCCUGGUGCUCUGGUCGAUAUCUGGCAGGCAAAUGCCACUGGUGUCUACAGUGGAAUCUCGGAAUCCGGCAACUAUGCUGCGGACGGAUGGGACAGCACUUACCUGCGCGGUAUUCAGCAAACUGACACAGACGGUGUUGUGAACUUCGAGACAAUUUUCCCGGGCCACUACGAUGACCGGGCCACGCACACCCAUCUGUUGACUCACCUCAACGCAACCGUUUUCCCGAACAAAACCCUGGAAGUGGGCAGCGGCAGCGUGGCUCACAUUGGACAGUUGUUCUGGAACGAGGUUCUCCGAUCCGCAGUGGAGGACACCUACCCCUAUAGCACCAACACUCAGUCAAUCACGACCAAUGCCGACGAUAUGUGGUCCGUGGAGCAGGCCGAUAGCUCCUACGACCCGUUCCCAGAGUACAUUUACCUUGGUGACGACUUGGAUGACGGUCUCUUCGCUUGGAUCCAAAUUGGCAUCAACGCCACGGCCGACUACACGGACAACUCUUACUACAGCAUCGCCGCCUAUCACGAUGCAAACGGAGGCCACGAGAACUCUGACAGCACCUUGAGUGGAGGCAGCGGAGGCAGUGCUCCUAGCGGGACCAACGGCACUGCUCCAUCCGGCAGCGCUUCUGGAAGUGCUUCCCCAAGCGCCUCUGUUUAG